AUGGCAAAAGUUGUAGCACUCGUGGCCUAUGCCCUCUGCCUCUUGGCCCUGUCUGGAUAUGCCACUGCCGCCGGCGACAAAAAAGACAGCAAGUUCACCGUCGAAGGCAAGGUUUACUGUGACCCAUGUCGCGUCCAGUUCGUCACCAAAUUGAGUCAAUUCCUUGAAGGUGUGGAUGUGGCCUUGCUUUGCACAAAUCCGGUGACUGGAAAUGUGACGUACUCCGUUAACGGAAAAACUGGCAAAGAUGGGAGCUAUUGUCUAAAGGCCGAAGGAGAUCACGGUGAUGAGGUUUGUGAGGUGAAGGUGGCGACAAGCCCCCAACCUAACACCUGCGGUGAAGCCAUGGACGAAACAGCCCCAGUUUUUCUUACAGAUAUUGAAUCAAACACCGAUAUUCGCUACGCUAACUACAUCGGCUUCAUGAAGAAGGACCCCGACGCCGAGUGCACCAAAGCGCUCGAGGAGUUGGGUAUCUACCCUGGUGAUCCUGAUGAGGAUGUCGCUGCUGAAGAUCCACCUGCUAAUGAAGGAUCUGCUACUGUAGUACCUGCUCCUGAAGGAUCUACUCUUGAAGAACUUGCACUACCUGCUGAUAAUUAA